CUGACUUAAUUGAGUUCCAUAAUUUCAGUUCAAUUUACCUCCACAAUUUCAAUUCAUAAGUUAAUGUGUUGGUCUGUGGCAGCUUUGUUAUACAAGUUCCUUACAGCAAAAUCAUAUUAAUCAUCACAGAAUAAGGUGCAAAGACUAGUCUUGUUGUGGACUAGUCUUUGUGUGUUUAUUUCAGCAGAUCCAUACCAGGAUAUCACUGCCAAACUCUAAACUACUCAAACAAAUAAGCAAAACAAAUAUACUAAACUUGAAUGGAUUGCGCUCAAAAACAAAAUUUGGACCUUCCUUUUUCUUUUUCAAGCUUAUCCCAGUUUGGAUAAAUUUUUUUUUUGUAAUGCUUAGACACCAUAGUUGCUUGUCAUAUGAUUAGCAAGUGAAAGACUCUUACCAUGCCUAUUUUUAUUGGAGGGGUUAUACUAUUUAGAUCACAAAACUAAAGUACCAUUUCAAAUUUGGGAUGGUUUAAUUUAUGAAUUUAAGGGGCUCUAUUUAAAGUGAAAUUGUGGUUAAAUUUUUUUGUUUUGUUUUUAAAGUUAUAGACUUCAAUUUUUUUUUUAUUUACAUGUUUUGGAGCACCUUUUGAAGAGUGAUAUUCCUUGUGAGGCCUCAAGAAUGUCUCGAUUUUGCACAAAUUUGGAAGGAAUUACAAAAUCAGAAAAUGGUAUUUUAUCCAAGGCUACAAAGGUGAGCGGAUCAGAUUAAUUUACUUAAUGAGGAAUGAUUUGUUUAGUGAAAUAUCAUGUGUGUAGAUAUGCAUCAUUCACAUAGGGACAGAAACAAUAUAUUGUUUUUACUUAGAUCCUGUAUUUACUGAAUGCAAAAAGAGAAAAAGAGGGAAAUGAGAAAUGUAAGCAUAAUGCUUAUAAUAUUGAUCAUAGAUUUUGGCCUAAAUCAUUGUGACAACCUUCAGAAGGAAUGAACUAGUGGUAAUCAGUAUUUGCAAGAGAUGGAAUAAUAAACAAAAACACAAAUUGAGAAAUCAGUACUAUGUGCUCCCAUCUGUGAUCUUUCCAGGCUCCCAAUACCCAGAGGAUAACCCCACCCUGACCUUAGAGAUAUCCUAGGCCAGGUCACCUUAGGGGUAGGGUUAUCCUAAUGAUAAUACCCCCCAUCCCCUUGUCAUGUAUUUUAACGAAAGGAAACAGCUUAUUAUUCCAAGUAGUCAAGGUAACUCUCUCCAAGGUAGUGUAGUGAAUUCAGAACAUAGUAAAAGUACUUAACCCUUUAACUCCCAUGAGUGACCAAGACAGAAUUUCUCCUUACAAUAUCAAUACAAUAUCAAGCAGACAAGUGGUGAAAAUAAAGAAAAAUAUCAGUUAGAGGACUGUAAGUUGAUACAAUACAUAAUUAUCCAAACUAACAUCAUAAGAACUGUGUGGCAGACAGUAGAGAGAAUUACUAAUGAGAUCUUGGGAGUUGAAGGGUUAAACCAAUGUUAGUUAUAUCACUGUGGGACUACUGAAUGAUGUUAAAGGACUUUAAUCAAGUAACAUGGUUGCACCAGCUUAUUAGAUAGUUGAUUGAUGAAUAAAGACAGAAUAUAGAAGGUAAUUAAAGAGUGAGUGUCUCCUCUAAAUGAAUACACAACAGAUGAGUCCAAGAGUUAAAGAUCAUAGCUGUACUUCAUGUAGAACACAUACAGUGUAGAUGCAUUUGAUCAUUUGAUGUUGAACUUAUUUAGCAUUGAACUCUACAAAGCUUGAUUUUGUUUCCUUGCAGAUGUCCAAGUCUUAGUUGAAGAAAGAGAUGUCCAAGUGGUAAGUUUUAUAAACUCUAGACUGACCAUGUCAGGUUUAUACCUCUGAUGAUCUAUUUCUCUUUUAUUUAUUAUUACUAUUAUUAUUAUUAUUAUUAUUAUUAUUAUUAUUACUGUUAUUUUUGUUUCUUUAUAUUGGUUCUUAUUUUGAUGAGAGUGGAUUCUAAGUUUAAAGCCAAGCAGCCAAUAUAAUAAUUCCUUUUGAGAUCAUUUUGCGCAGUCCUAUGUGACCUCAAUUUAAGAGGCAAGAAAAAUUUCAAAGGCAAACCUUUAAGAGGAUCCACAAAUGAUUAGGUACACUAACAGUACAAUUUCUCCUCAGGACAGUGUAUCCAUUAACAAUCCUUUCUUUUUAACCAUGAUAAAUUAAAGUUGAAUUCACCCUUCGAUUCUGACUGUUAAGUUGGUAAUCUUUGUCUCUUUGUAUCUUGCAGGUUGGAGACACUGUAGACUUCAGUCAACAGCAGAUCAAAGUCUUGCUCUAUUUUCUGGAAUGAGUUCACAUUCGGUAAGACAAAAAAUAUUCGGUCAAUUAGCAACUAAAAGCUCAUAAACUAAAGGUAGUUUACUUUUUCUUUUCCAUGUACAGCAAACAGACUCCACUACAGUAUCAGCACUGUUUGAUUCCAACACUUAA